GGGUGUGUGUUUGAAGUGCGCAGAGCAGCUAGGUUGGUGGACUCCUCCCGUUGUGCGAUGAAGUUCAGAUGCGCGCCGUAGUUCCGUACGCGCGUCACCAGCUUUGCAUAGAGGAGCUUCCCGACGCGAGGGGGAGGAUGGAUAGAUGCGUGGCUCACGACCACGGGAGUCUUUGAACGUCACAUUACACGAAGCUAAUUGACGCUCUUUUACUUUGACAUGCGCUCCAACGCUUUUGCAUGAGCGGUAACCCAGCUGCUCUGGAUUCAGGGCUCCAGCGCCGCCUUUUCUCGUCUGUCCCCCCAGUGGAGAGAGGCUUCCUGGGCUGCGUGGACCGUAACGCCUCGACUCGGUUCCUUUGCAGUAAUGUUGUAGUUUACUCGGACGAAGCCUUUUUUUUCAGGAGAGGGGGGGAGAUACAGGAAAUGUUGGCAUGGCCGCCUCGCGAGCACGGAAGAGUCCGAAGAGUGAGAAGUUGGACGAGGCGCAGGCUUUGGCCAAGAGCUGCGCGGGGAGACCAGACUUCCUGCCCUGCGAUGGGCUCUCCAUCUGCGCGACCCACAGCCACGGGAAGUGCUUCAAGCUGCACUGGUGCUGCCACUUGGGCUGGUGUCACUGCAAGUAUGUGUACCAGCCCAUGACCAAUGUGUGCAAGCUGCCCAGUACAACCGUGCCAGCUGUUGAGACAGAGUACAGUAACACCAUGGACCUGUCCGUCUCUCUGGCUGAGCGCUUCCUGAAAGUCGCUCCCUGCUUCCAGUCCCCGCCUCACCUGGAGUCGCCCAAGUACUGCGUGAUUGCGGAUCUGUUUGUGGAUGACUACAUUGUCAAACGCAUCAACGGAAAGAUGUGCUACGUGCAGCGCCCCGCGCCUCCCUUACCAGAACCUCCUCAUCCUCCCACCCCUCGCCCACCUGCUCCCUGUACACCUCAGAUGCCCCAAAAGCCCGCUCAGCCUCGGCAACCAGUGAAGCCUGCACCGCCAACCCAACACGGACCUGCGCCUUUGCAGCAGGUCCAGCAAGUGUACAGUGAACACAAACAUCCUACCCCUGUGGAUAAGAUAAAAGGCCCCAAAAUGGACCACUGCUCCUCUCCGUCCAGCUCCGAGGACUCCGGCAUCAACGCACUGGGUCUGCACUACGUGGAGUCCUGCGAGGAGGAGACAGAGGAGGAGGAGGACGACGAGUUGAGCACAGAUGGGAACUCAAGCCCCGGCAGCCUCUGGGAUCAGGACGACUGUUCUCUGCUCUCCCCCUCCAAGUCAAUGAUAGAGAUCAUCGAAAAGAUUGAAACAACUGUGUAACUGACACAGCAUCGACAUGGACACCAGCUGUGAGGGAGUGUGAGCUACAGAGCAGAAUUAAUGAGAAUACACAGAAGACCACUUGAGGAUUUAUUCUACAUAGACUAAUAGGACACAAACCCCUCUCUGACGCUUCAGCAGAGCUUUGCCUGGUUGUUUGGUUGAAUUUGUUUUCCGGCAGGUGGGCGAGGACUGUGAGUCUGCGCUCGCACACAUCAUCUAAUCUGUCCACAUCCCCUGCAUGGAGUGAAUUUCUAGAAUUUAUUUCAAUACAGAAGAAAGCCACAAGCACAAUAAUAUUAAGCACAUGCACAGUGGACCAAAUAGACAUCCUGUAUGUCGUACUUCCGCACUGAAAAAAAAAAGAAAUACAAAAGGACUCAAAAAUAGAUGCACUUCAGUCAGAGGAAAGUAAGAGAAAAAGUGAGACUUUCUUCUGCGAUUUCACUUUAGGGAUAUAUUACUGGAGCAAACAUGUUCUAUGAACAAAAGUUGUAUAAGUAGGUUUCCUGAUGAUAAUGAGCAGUUAGGCAAUUCUUAGUGUUCUCCAGUCGUCAAUCUGCCAGACAGACUUUAUUCUAAUUCAGCUUUUAACUGGCAGAUCGUAAGUGUGCCAGUUCUUGUUUCUCUGAUCAAUGGCUCCACCCACACACAUUAGUAAUUCUGACACUUCAGCAUAAUAACUACAAGGCCUGCUUCUUUCACGUUAAUGAAAAGAUUCCCAGCAUACAGUUUGUAUGCACCUUACUGACACCAACACACGCCGUGUUGGUUGGUUGGUUGGUUGGUUGGUAGGUAGGUAGGUAGGUAGGUUAGUUGGUUGGUAGGUAAAUUGCUUGGUAGGUAGGUAGGUCAGUGUUGGACAAUCAAGGAUUACACAGAAGCACAUUCCUAUACUGUUCCUGCCAGCGAGGGCUCUUAUAAAACUAGUUAUCAGACAUUAACACAUUGUUCUGACUACAUAUUCUAGUCAUCCUGGUCUGAACUGCUGUGCUGUCCGAGGUUAAAUGGGGCGCUAAGCAAAACAUGACUUGUAUUGACCUCUAUUAGCAGCCAAGAAAUUAAAAAGCACGGACGUGUCUCUGGCAGAGCUACAGUGACAAAGGUAGGAGUCGCGUUGUUAAAGCAGAAACUAGCACCUAUGGAAGACGGAAUAUAUCUAAUAUAUACAUAUACAUAUAAACUUAUAUAACAAUAAAAUAUGAAUUGUUAUUUGCUUUUUGGGCUUAAAAAAUGUCCUGUGAUGCCAGCUCAAAGGGGAGUCUGGUAAAGGUGUGCAGGUUAGACUUGUAUGUACAGCUAUUUUGUGUUAUGGGGCAAAACAAUGUCACUUAAUGCGCCUUUAAAGGAGAUUAAAGUAUGGCAUAGGAUGCUGAGUAUGUUUUGAUGUUAUAAGAAAUGCACUCAAAUAUAAUAUUUGUGAGACAGCCCCUUAUUAGUCACUUAGUAAAAUGAAGAUGGGCUGGGUCUUUACUUUUUUUUUUAUGUUUCAAGGUUUAUUUUCUGGAGAGUUAAUUGCAAAAAUCACUAAAAUCUUCACUAAUAUGUAUUGCCACAAUGAUACGCUAGAUGUAAAAUAAUAAUAAUAAUAAUUUUGCAUGGCUGCAUUCAUUUACAGAAGUACCUCAAGAAAAAAAACAAUUUAACAAAUGUGUGUUUCAAAGUGUUCAAAAAGUGAACUAAUCCUAUAUCUGUUCUUCUUAUUCAGGAACAGCCCUUGACAUUACACUGAACACAGUCCCUCUUAAUGCAGUUAAGACAUGUUAUGUUCUUAUUAUUGUUAUAUUAUUUUCAUAUGAAUAAAUCCAAAUGACACUCA